AUGACUCAAGCUUACGCCGAUCAUGGACUAAAGUGCAAGCCGGAGCCAGAGAAAUCUCCGGAGCCUGGACAAGACCCAGGACAAACGCCUAAGCCAGAGCUCAGUGCUGACAAUAAAGAGACACUGCCCACCGCCAAAGAGUACACUCAUGGCUAUUUCGACCGAAUGCAUAACCAAUCCGAGGUCAUCUACGAAGAUAUCACCGUGGAACAGGCACGGGAGCUAUCGGAACCCCAGAUCGCUAAUAUCUGGAUGAACUUCAAGCAUCUGCAAGCCAUCAUCCACCGUCACGAGGCACUAAUCCAAAAGAGAUGGAUCAAGAAGUCCAAGGUGAAGAGAAGCGAAAUCUUGCAGUCAGCCUGGGGCCCACGGAGUGCCAUGAAUGCCCAGCGUAAGCCGAACAUGGCACUGGUGAUGAAUCGGUUCAAGGGCUGGGAUAGCACAAAAUCUGAUAACGAGAAGGCAGGUGCAUCGAUCUACCAGGCCCUCAUAUGGCCCCAAAUCAACAUCGAGGACCUAACCAAGACCGAGCCCCUCCUCCUCUUCCUGAAUGCCAGAGCGAGGUACCCCCCUUCGACCUUCGCGCAUACGGAUGUCGAACCCGCCAUGUUUGCCGCCGACGCUCAGAUAUUCCCGGGCCCCAAGUAUCUGGACAGAUGGAGCAUGAGGUUUACGGGAAGAGAUAGCGUGGAGACGUAUGGGAGGUUGGUUUCGUGGGAUGAGGAUGAGGAUGCCUACCAACGACUUCAGCGGGGCCGAGAUUUCACUCCUGGGGAGGGAAUCUGGAUCCUCGACUCCCAGGAACGGAUCUACCAGUUUCUGUGCGACAUAUGCAGAAUCAUCCUCCACGACUAUUCUCUGGGCAUGGACGAGCUACACAACCUUCCAAUCGAGCCCGAACCGCCGCUGCCCGAGACGGAAUUUAACGAAGACGCUCCGGAAGAAUGCCUCCUGUCGUCAAGUUACAGGUGCGACUACCAUGUGCCCGCCAGCAUGGACGUGAAGCGGCUCGUCGACCUCUUCGAGUCCAGACUUGCCGAGGCGGAAGACAGGCUGUGGUUGCUCCGCGAAGAUCCGGCCAGCUUCCUCGACGAGGCGUAUGGGUGGCUCAACACUUCAGCCUGUUCUAUCGCUCGUGCCAACGGCAAACCCCAGGCGAACAUGGAGACCGCCGGAAGGCGAUACAUCACGCGGAUCUACUGCGCUCACGAGGCUCUCAACCAACGGAUAAACAUGAUUAAGGUAUGGGAGAUAUUGUGCAGGAAAGCCAACACCCUCUUAGAGGCCAAAGAGCGGCUCUUUGACAAGACUAAUGCCCGGUUGCGACCCGAGGACGACCUUCCCGUGGAAUUAUCAAACGCCUUCCAGGAAUUGGGCUUUACCCUGAAUGCUCUGGUCGUAUCGAUUCUCUAUAGAAUCCGUUUCAUGAUUCAGUCUUCAGCUCAACUACGGCAUCUCUACGUAUGGAAACCGUCAAAUGAACCCGACCACCCGGGCUACAUUCGCACAAACGAGGCAACGAAGCCAAACCCCGCCGAGCUUGAAGUUAUGCAACUGGUUCAGGCUGUAGAGUGCACCGCAGAUGGGAGCAUGGGGCCGUAUGUUUUGACCCAGGAGCUUCAGCGCCUCUGCCGAGACCGAGUGACGCGAAAGCUCAUCUCGAGCCGCGUCGCCGGUAUAAUGCCUAACUUGUGCAUCAUGACGGAGACCAUGCGGCAAAUCGAGUCCUUCCAGCCGUGGAUGUCGUCGCUCGACGUCGACCAGAACAAGUGGAAGAGUGCGCACUUCGGGCUCGACACCGAAGUCCAGACCCUGCUAGAGUACACGAACAUCUUCACAGUCCGCACGCGGACGAAGGGCCCGAUCUCCAGGGCGAUCUACGCGCUGAUGAAGGGGGGCUGCCCCGUCGACAAGCCGCCGACCCCGGCGAACCUCAAGGCCAUCGCCACCGCGGAGCGCCACCUGGACACCAUGUGGGGCCACCUGAAAGCCGAGCUCGACGAGGUCAGCCGAUCUGGACGGGGAGGCUGGGCGCGCAUCCAGCGGAUCAUCGACAACGGGCGCGCCGAGCGGACCCCGAUGCCGGCCGACGAGCCCGGCGCGCCCGAGGAGAACAACAAGCCGUCGGCCAGCGACCCGGACGGCGCCCAGCCCUUCGGGCAGAUGAACCUGGGCCACCAGGCGGAGCCGCACCGCGCGCCGGUGCGGGCGCAGACGAAGGCGAAGCCCAAGACGCGGCCCGCGGCCCCAGCCUCAGCGCCCAACACCGGCGCCGCCAGCGCCGCCGCACCCGCCAGCCCGCCACCCGCCUCGCCGCAGCCCUUCGUGCUGGCAGUGGACCGGCGGACGCAGCGCACGCUCACGGCUCUAUUCUCGCCGGCGGCGGGGCCGGUGCCGUGGGCGGACCUGCAGCACGCGCUGGGGCGCGCGGGGUUCCGGCGCGAGCCGGUCGGCGGGUCGGCGUGGCAGUUCACGCCGGGGGCGGCGCUGGCGCGGGCCGGCGGCCCGGCCUACGCCCGCGGCAUCCAGCUCCACGAGCCCCACCCCGGCUCCAAGAUCCCGCCGCUGCUCGCGCGCCAGUUCGGCCGCCGCCUCGCGCGCGCGUACGGCUGGUCGGCGGAGUCGUUUUGCCUCGAGGAGAAGGGGGCCGGGGAGGAGGGGGAGAUGUGAGGGGAAGAUUAGGGGAGGAGGGGGAGAUGGGGGAGAUGGAGGGAGAGGAGAGGAGGAGGAAGAGAGGAGGAGAGGAGGAGAGGAGGAGAGGGGAGGAGGGGGAGAUGGGAGAGGAGCGAGAGGAGCGAGAGGAGCGAGAGGAGAGAGAGGAGAGAGAGGAGAGAGAGGAGAGAGAGGAGAGAGAGGAGAGAGAGGAGAGAGAGGAGAGAGAGGAGAGAGAGGAGAGAGAGGAGAGGAGUAGGGCAAGAAGGGCUUGAUGAUACCUGGGGACGCGUG